CUUAGGUCCCACAUCGUCUUUCAGAGUAACCUGUACUCAAAGCAGAGGGAUGUGGUCAGUAACUUCAACCUCUCCGAAUCCGAGUUCAUGGUUUUCCUGGGUCUCCUCAUGUACAUGGAACUUAUGCCUUUGCCCAGCAUAGUGGACUACUGGGCUAUCAAGACGAGGGUGCCUCAAGUUGCUGAGUAUAUGUCCAGGAACCGUUUCAAGGUAAUCCGAUCAAACCUCCACUUCAGUGACAACGAACAGGCAGCAGGAUCAAAAGACCGGUUCUUGAAGGUGUGUUCCCUCUUCACUAAGGUUACCAGGGAGUUCUUGAAUUUUGCAGAGACUCCUAUGCAAUCCAUAGAUGAGGUUAUGGUUGCAUACAAGGGCACCACGGCAGGUAACCUUCGUCAAUAUGUAGCCAAGAAACCGGACAAGUGGGGCUUCAAACUCAUCUGCUGUGUGGAUGGAUUUAUCCAUGACAUUCUCAUGUACCAGGGGGCCACUACGUUUCAGAGCCACCCCACAUCACUGUCUGAAGAGGAGGAGAAGUUGCCAGUCACUAACAAGUUUGUUAUUGCCUUGGUCAAGACCCUCAAGGACCCAGAGAAUUCCACUGUGUAUGCCAACAACUACUUCACAAGUAUAGCGUUGGUUGAGUACUUGAGGUCACAGUAUAGUUCCUGGUAUGUGGGCACUGCCAGGGACAACAGAGUUGGCUAUCCACCCCUCCAGUCUGGCAAGGACAUGACCAACACCUCGGUACCCAGGGGCACACUUGACUACGUCUCUUCUGAUGGCAUCCUUGUCGCCAGGUGGAAGGACAACAGCAUUGUCACAAUCUUAUCCACUGAUGUUGGUGUGGAGCCUAUUUGUAAAGUGGAGAGGUAUGACAAGGAAGCGAAGAAGAAGGUUCCUGUGCAAUGUCCAAAUGUUAUCAACAAGUACAACAGUCACAUGGGUGGCAUUGACAAGAACGACAUGUUGGUCCACCUCUACAAGACCCCAUUCAAAGCAAAGUGGUACUACAUGAGGCAGUUUGCUUACAUACUGGACUUGAUUAUCUGCAAUGCCUGGAUCCUUUACAAGGGAGACUGUUUGGCAUUGCAGUGCAAGCCUAUGCCCCUCAAGGAGUUCCGCCUUGAAAUCUGUUUUUGGCUGGUCAGCUUCAAGACCCCCAUCAGCAAGGUAACCAGGGCUUCCCUUGGAACAAGACAUGUGCCUAAACCUAAGCGGGGCCAACGUGCAAUCAUGCCUUCCAUUAGAGUCCCACCAGGAUGCCACCUCUCUGCAUAUGCCAAAGCAUGUGGACGAAAGGCAAACAUGUAAGUUUUGUUCAGGGAAGGGCCACAUUAGCAGAUCCCGUUGGGUGUGCAAAGACUGCAAGGUUGCAUUGUGCCUCAGUGAUGUGAGAAAUUGUUUUUCAUUAUUCCACAAGGUAGGCCAGUAAUUGUAAAUACAUUGUAAA